CUCUACAGAGAGAGAAAAGAAUCUGAUUUGUAAUUUCCUAUGAGUGACAAUUUUGGGAAUUCUAACACCAAAACCUAAUUUUCCGAGUUCUUCAAAAGCUUAAUUGUCGUUGAAUACGAUCACUUGAAGAAGCUACACUCUAAAUCUAGGUUUUUUAUUUCUGGUCAGGAAUAUUGUCAUGCAAAAUUGUUUGUUAUGACUAUUGAGAGUUAAGGUGGAGAAGCCAACGUGUUAGAACAACAGGCAAGUUAAAAUGUUCUCUCUGUUUUAUGGACUCUGGAAGUACGUGUUCAGUAAGACGGAGUUUCAUGUUCUUAUUCUUGGAAUCGACAAAGCUGGAAAAACUACUUUAUUAGAGAAGUUGAAGUCGUUGUAUUCAAACGUGGAAGGCCUUCCCCCUGAUCGAAUUGUUCCUACAGUUGGUCUCAACAUUGGCAGGGUUGAAGCAUCAAAUACAAAGCUUGUUUUUUGGGACCUGGGAGGUCAGAGUGGUCUGCGACCAAUUUGGGAGAAGUAUUUUGAAGAGGCACAUGCUGUAAUAUAUGUAAUCGAUGCUGCUUCCCCAUCACGCUUUGAAGAUUCAAAAUCAGCAUUGGAAAAAUUACUUCGGCACGAGGAUUUACAAGGGGCACCUCUUCUGAUUGUAGCGAACAAACAGGAUCUUGCAGGGGCUGUCAGUGUUGAUGAGCUUUCCAGGUAUUUGGAUCUGAAAGAGUUGGAUGAGAGACAACACAUGUUUGAAGCUGUUUGCGCACACGAUGGGAGGGGAGUUAAACAGGGGAUAGACUGGCUAGUUGAAGUGAUGCAGAGAAGUAAGAGAACCGAAAGACUGAGAAUCCGUGCAGGUGUGUCGGGUCCUUAGCUUAGGGAGAAGGUCUUGAUACAAAAAGAUUAAAGAGAUUCGUUGUUGUGGUCUUACAUUUUGGCCUUUGCUGGAGAAAGCCAUUUCUGCUGCCAAUAUUACUUGUAUCUGUUAUUAAAAGAGCGGAAAAGUGGUUGAAAUGUUGCACCAUAUUUUGGUUAAAUGUAUUAGAUUUUUCACAUUUUUACAGCUUGAGAAAUAAACAAUAUUGAGUGAAAUCGGAUCUCUCUAUUAAAUGGU